AUGCCCCGCAAGAAGCAAAAGGGUCCCCCUCCCCGCGCCAAUCGUCCCGGCGGUCCUAAACAGGACCAGGGCGCUGGUCAAGGAAAAGGGAAAACUGCGCCCGCCUCUGCUCAGCAGAAGGGUGGAAAACAGAAUCCGGCCCAAGGCUCUGGGGCCGGAAAUGGAAGUGGACCGCAGAAGUUGCAGGUUUUGCAGCAGAAUCAGAGGCCUAUUGUGCCGUUUUUACGGGGGGGAUCGGAUUUUGUUGAUUGGAGAGGGUGA